AAGUGCGAACAGAGGCGAAAAAAAGCCCCGCCCAUUUUCCCUGGAGAGACGCUUUUCCUUCACAUCCAGCAUUUAUCAUGGAGCUGAAUGAAGAACAACAGAAAGCUGCAGAGUUUGAACUGCGUCGCUGUCUGCCUCGAUCAUUAAAGAUUUAUGGUUUCUUGGUCCUCAGAAACAGAGUGAAAUCAGAUCCAUACGUUGUUUUAGUGGACAGAUGGCCAGGGUUCAGUGUAAUUAUCUGCAAACCCAAGUAUGAACAGAAAAGUGAUCUAUUCAAAGACACAAUGGUUUUUGCAAAGGAUGAAGUCCUUCUCAUGGAAACGAUAAGGAAAACCUCUGUAAUUGACUGGAGCAGGUAUCUUUGUCUUGGGAUCAGUCUUCCACACAUGGAAAUCAUUAAAACAGCUGCAUCAGAAAGGAAUGUUCCCAGCUACAAACUGUCCAUUUGUCACAUGAUGAUCCUGGACGAUGCAUCCAAGCUACCCGCUAUAGACUGCUCAGGGAUCAGCAUCGACUCCCUGGAUGAAUCCCACAUCGACUUGGUGAAUCAGACAUGGAAGUUUUCAAAGAACCAAGAGGCUGUUAGGAUGAUCCGCAACAUGGUUACAAACUUCCCGUCCUGCUGUGUGAUGGAUGCCGAAGGAAAGCCUGUGUCCUGGAUGUUGACCUAUGUGUCCUGUGCCCUUGGAAUGCUGUAUACUUUGCCGGAGCACAGAGGGAAAGGCUACGCUAAAGUCCUGAUUAGCAGCAUGGCUAAGAAACUCAUUGGUCAGGGAUACCCGGUGUUCUGCUUCAUAGAGGAGGAGAACAAAGUCUCCUACAAGCUCUUCAAAAGCAUGGGCUUCUCAGAGGACCCCUCCUAUAGAGAAGCGUGGUUUGGAUUCAAUCAUUUAUAAAUGCUUCCAUACAAGAACAUCAACUUAUAUAUUAGUUGAAACAUUAAAAAAAAAAUCAUAAUUACAAGGUGUGAGCACGUUAUUUGCAUUUGUUUCAAAAACAAUAAGAGCUGAGAAUAAAUAGAAAAAACAUUUCUAAUUUUUUAGUUUCUAUUUCAGGCUUCAGUUAUCAAGCUGGAACUUUGUCAGUGCAGAUCUCUUGACACGUCUCACUUUUCAGGAGAUGGACUUGAUGAAGCACUUGAUCUGAAAAAGAAAAUGUGUAUAUAUUACACUAGAAAAAAUGAGAUAAAGGAAAAACUAUUACUUAAUUAUGAAUUUAUCGCUCAGCGUUUGGACUUAAUGCCUUUUACAGUAGAAUGAUCAGACUUUUUUCCUCCCAGGAACCAAGAGGUGGACAUUGAACAACAAUCAAUAAAUUCAAAACCAAA